AUUGUGCAGACAUGUAUUUUGUUUAUUUAUUUGGUUCUCUGAAUUUUCAGGAAAUACUAUAAAUGUUAUACAAGCUAUGUGAUAGCCGAGAGGGAAACAGGAAUAAAGAGGAUGCAGGAACGAUCCAGUUGCUGCUUUGGGAGGCUGCUUACUUACUGUUAUGAGUUUAUAGGAGAGAUUUCAAUUCAAUGAAUUCUCAUGUAUAAGGGAUCCUUCCAAAUGAAAAACAGAUUGGACCAAUAAAAAGUCCAAUGAGUUCUUGUUUUUAUAAUUGGAAGAAAAUACAUGGCAUUUUUUCCCACCACUUUUCCUGUAUGUUUGUGUAUGGAGAAUAAUAAAAACAGAUUUAGCUUCAAUAAUCUGUGUAAAAAAUCUUUCCAUUUGUCUUCUGGAGUUUACACAAAUAAGAUUUGGAAGAAGUGAUGAAAACGUUUCCCCUCACUGAUCUCACAUCAGAGCAGCAGUGCUAAACAGCAGUGAUGAAAUGUUACCACGGUGACGGGCCACAAGUCAGCCACUGUUGGUUACAUGCGAGCAUGUUCAAGUUUUCACUCGGGUCAAUGUAUCGGCAUCGAUCAGCAUCUUCGUCAUCAUCACCAGGAUUUGUGUGAGGAAGAGAAAUACUUACAGGAGAAAAGUAAAAGAGAAAACCUCCAGUGUUUGGUGAUAUGAAAACCACCUUGCUCCGUGGUCUCACAGCAGGAAGUCAGCGUGGUUACAAAUUACAACAGCUAAAGAGGGAAGUCGGUUUGUUGAACUGCUGCAGCCCAAAUGUGUAAAAUUCAUUUUCACCACUGAAAGAAUCGCCGCUCUUUUUGUUGUGGGCUUUGUCUGUGAGGCAAAAUUAUUUACUGAUUUUACUUCCUAUCAGAUACAGAGAGAGUGUUUGUACAUGCAGGCGAUGGGGGUCACUGCAGUCGUGUCUGGGAAUAUGGUGACAGCCAUCACGCUGAGUGUCGUCUUUGUUUCAGGUGUUUUGGCUGCUUGUCCUGGUGAUUCAGACCUCUUCAUUACUGCACCAAAGAAGAUGGAAGCACUGAAUGGAUCUUGUUUGCAAAUCCCAUGUAGCUUUACAUUUCGGUCAGAACAAGAGUUUGACGGCAGCAGAAAAACCUUUGGAGUGUGGAUUAAAAGUAACCCAUUUUUUGGCAGCAAACCAGAAAAUGUGAUCUUCAACAGUAGUGAGACAGUUAAAACCUAUCCAAUGAGGAUUACUGGAAACCUGAGUGAGAAAGACUGCACCACUCUGUUUUCCAGUUUAUUAACAAGUUACACAGACAGGUACUACUUCAGAGCUGAGAAUCGACCACUCGUGGCGACAGAUAUUUGUGAAUCUGUUCAAAUAAGAGUUCAAGAUUCUCCUCCGAGGCCCAGAAUUGAGAUCUCAGGUGAGAUCUCAGGUGAUCUGAAGGAGGAGCAGUCUGUCACUAUAACCUGCUCAGCUGUCACUCCCUGUCCACACUCCCCUCCUCAACUCACCUGGAGUCUCCAACAAGACACUCGCAACAACACGGAGGAAAACGCAGAUGGAACCUUUACAACUAAAAUCCAGGAGACCAUCACUCUGUCAGACCAACAUGAUGGAAACAACAUCACCUGUUCUGCCACAUAUCCUGUGAAUGAAGGAAAAGAUGUCAGGACGGCCCAGGAGACAAAGACUCUCAGUGUGUCAUAUGCUCCCAAGGACACCUCAGUGUCCAUCAGUCCAUCAGGUUUGGUGUCAGCAGGUAGCUGGGUGAACCUGACCUGCUCCAGCAGAGCCAAACCUCCUGUCAGCUUCAGCUGGUUCAGGAUCAGCAAAGAUGGACCCACGUUGGUAUCUGAAGGACACUUUUACAGCUUUAAUGUGACAGAAGGAGGAGUUUAUUACUGCGUGGCCACAAAUGAGCUUGGCAAUCACUCAUCAAUAAUCCGUAUUGAUAUUGAAGGAGCUCCUGCUGGCUCUCAAUGGCAAGCAGUUGUUGGAGGGAUCAUCGGGAUCAUGGUGCUCAUCGGUCUGCUUGUUGUUCUUGUUUGGCUUUUAAAGAAGAAACGUUCUGCUCCACAACAGACUCCACAACAGACUCCACAACAGACUCAGAGCCAGACAGAAGCAGGAGAAGAAAACAUCCAUUACGGAGAGAUCGACUUCUCCAAGCGGAGACCCGAACCGUCCUCGUCCUCAGUGCGGGACAGCAGACAGCAGGAGGACACGCUGUAUGCGCAGGUCAACACGUCCAAGCCGGCCAACAGCUCAACACCGACUGCUGGCGGCACAGACGAUAUCUACGCUCAAGUGAAGAAGCAAUGAGUUGUCUUGUUCGUGUCAAGACAUAAAAUACUUUUCAACAGAGUUCAGAUUAACUGCCUUCAGUUUGGAAACGGCUGUCAGAGACUCCAUAUGUGUCGCGACAAGGCUAAGGGCUAAGAGCUUAUUUGCAUUAGAGCUAAGGGCAGGUGGUGAUGCCAGAGUGAUGUGGAUGAUCUGUCCAUAAGUCCUCAUGCUGUACUGUAUCCACCUUUUAACUGAACAACUGAAGCCAUUGUUCCUGCAUGUAUUUAUUCACUCUGCUGUAAUAAAGAGCUUUAUAACCACCUUCCGUGAA